CGCAGGUGUAGGGUAGCCAAGAUUAUAUAAGCCGGCGUGGUGGGGAAACGCCUCGACAGGCCGCGGUGGGACCCCGAUCUAUCGUCCCAAGCCCUGUGCGGCGCGACGCGGAUGGCACCGAACGAAAGCGAGACCCCGGCCCCGAUGACAUCCCGACGCCACGGCUGUCAAAGACAUCGCGUCAACUCCAACGUCGAACCCCCCUCCCCACGGGGCCUGCGGCGUCGUGUGAGCCGUGCCACCGUCGGAGCAGUUCGCGACACCCGCCGCGGCGGAUAAUCCGCAUCAUGCCGCCCCCGAAGCCCAACAAGGCGGCCGCUGCGCCGGGGAACGGCAACAUCCUCAGCUUCUUCAGGCCCGUCUCGCUGUCGCAGCAGCAGCAACCCCCGCCGCAGACACCGCCGCGGGCGUCCUCCUCCUCGCACCUCCCGGCGCUGUCGUCCCCGUCUCCGCUCCCGUCACCCUCCCCGCUCGGCGUCAGGAGCCGAAGCGCCACGACGACGCCCGCCGCGCGACGGCGGCUGCAGCGUAAGGAGAUUGCGGCAUCCGACGACGGGAGCGAGUACGGGGCGUCCUCCUCGGACGACUCGCUGGAGGACCUGUCUGUGCUGCUUGGCGGCACCGCUCGGCGGGCCACGCCGAUGCAGCAGAGGACGGGCCAGGAUCCCUUCGCGACGCCUAGGGCCAAGAGGACGGCCGUGGAGUUUCACUCGAGCCCGCUUGCCAUCAUACCAAAGCACAAGUUCGACAUCAAGGCACUGGCCAAGGACGCGCGCAAGGACAGUGCCACUAUGGCGAGCUCGCUCGCGAGCAAAAUGGCCGUCGAGGAGUCAAGGCAACGAGCUGCGAGGGAGGCGGCGGCGGCCAAGGCGGAGCCGUCGGAGGAUGUCGUCGCCGGCGUCGUCGCGGAAGAGGGCGGCCACGACGCGCACAAAGUCCUGCGGGCUGUGCAGCGGUCGGACCCCGGCCAGGCUCAGCUGCGGUACUGCUUCUUCGACCAGGAGCCCGCCGCGCCGUCGCCCAGGCCGGUGCCCCGUGAGGGCAAGAAGGGACCCUGGCGGCUGUUGACACAGGGCAGCAUCAAGGUCCGCGAGCAGCAUCUCGUGUCCGGCGUGCCGCAGAUGGUUGUGCGUAAGCUCAACGACCUGCCGGACGCCCUUUUCCAAUGGCUCCUGGACGACAUGUGCACCCAACAGUCUGUAAUUAUCCGACAGGAAUGCCUCCACAUGAUAUCGGACUGUCGCGAGCAGAUUGAGCGGCUGCUCACGCCGGAGCGGUUGCAGCAUCUGUUUAUUCGGCUGGGCGCGGCCGAAGACAUCACCAGCGAGGACGCCGAGUUUCCAGUGUCCAACCCGGCCAACGAACCAUAUCAGGACCGCGACUGGUCGUGUCUGAAGACGUUUCUUCAACUACUGUGGGGCGUAGCCACUCACCUAUCCGUCCCGGCUGUCCAAUAUGCAGCCAAGACGCUGCUGCGAAUGUCCAUGGACAGGCUCCUGAUUUGCAGCAUCGACUUGUUGGAUGCGUACCAGUGCGCGGUCCAGGCUCUUGUCAAUGCCAUCCCAAGAUCGUCGUGGGAUUCCUUCGUACGUGCUCUUAACCCCCCCGCCCCCACCGGCCCAACCUCGUGCAACGCUGACUGGUACAGUGCUCGGAAGCAAGCUCGGUCCUAUCCGCCGGCAUCAAGGCCCAGAGCAUACGGGCGGACUCGCUUCUGUGCCUACCCAUCAGCGAUCGCAGGACGCACGACUUGAGGAGGCGGCUAGCAGUCGCGUUCCUCUUCCAAGACGAGACCCUCGGCCGGCACAGCGCCGAGGAUGUCGUCACCCUCCGGACCAUGAUCGAUCUCGUCGGCGGGCCCGACUUUGCCAUCACCCCCAAGACCGACUUUGCCGAGCUCAAGGCCAAAAUCGUCCUCCUGGAUGUGGCCGUCGACGACGGGUCCGUCGGCACCUGGGAUGACCGCGAGGACGAAAAGAGGUUCAACGACGACGUCGACGAGCUGGCUGCCAAGCUGCGGGAGAUUUGGCGCAAGAUCAACGACUCGGGCAUGAAGCUGGCGCGCACCGAGACCAAGAGCGUCGUCGAGUGGGUGCAGCAGCGGCUGCUGACCACAGUCCGCACCAAGAGAAAGGCCAAGAAGAGCGUCUUCGACCUGCCGGGCGAGUCUGACGCCGCGGACCUGCCGCGGCAGCAGGACUACAUGAAGAAGUUUCUACAGAGAUAGGGCGAGCUCCCUGUGCGAGGGCGGAUGCAUUACCUUUGCGGAUUGAUCUAGAGUAGCGGCCGAUACCCAUAUCAUUCUCACGAACACAUUGGCGACGGACGACGACGGACGGGCGGGCGGGCGCAAUUGGGGCUCGGCGUUUGAGGCUGGUAAAAGGUCAUGUUUUAUGGUACAGCAUCUAGCGUAGUAGGUACGGGUGGCGCG